AUGAAGUAUAAAAAUUGUAAGGAGAAAAAAACUGCAAACAACGAUAUGCCAAAUGAAAAUAUUUGGAAAAACAAAAUAUGCAAUUGCCUAACGAAAGAUAUAAAGAACAAAGGAUGUAAAACAAGCGAGAAAGUUACGGAAUGCAGUAAUAAAAAAGGAACUCAUAAGAAUGAUCUAACGGACAACAGUUUUCCAUCGUCUUCAAAUCCUGAUAACGUAAAAUAUAAAAAAUCUUCUUUUGAUUCCAUAGACUAUUUUGAUCAACCCGCAUCAAAUUCUCGUAACCAAUUUGAAAAAAAUUGCAAACACUCAAAAAAGUUUCGCGGAAGAAGAAUAUUUUCAAGCAAUGAAGAAAUAUUUAAGAAUUGUUCUUCGCAACGAGACCGAGUUUGCUUGAAACAAAAUUUAUAUGAAUAUAACAACAAAAACUUUUUAAAAAAUAAUGAAAAUAAAGGACGAUCAUCAGAACAAAAAAAAAUAUGUUUGGUUGAUACUCAUACAUUGAAAACUAACCAUUAUGAUAAAUAUAACGAUCUUAAUUCAAAAGAGACUGACGAUAUAGGUUUUACGCCAAGAAGUCGAAAUCAAAAUAUAAAUAAAAAUGUAAAUAUUCAUCAAACCGAGCAAAGAAAAUAUUUAUGUAUUAGGGAUCCGGAUAGUGAUUCAUCAACUUCAUCUUUUGCAGAACGAAACUUCACUCGUAAUAAAAGCGUUCUUAGAAAAAAUUUGAAAAAUAAAUUAACACCAAUUAACCUUAAAAUAAGGUCUAAAUACGCUAAAUUUCGAAAGUCAAAAAACUCUGGUUGCACAAUUAGAAUUGAAACAAAAAACUAAAAAAGUAUUUUAAUUCUGAAUUAGUAUUAUAUUUAUCAAUACUUAAUAUUAUCGUCACAAAUUUUAAAU